CAAUUUUAGGGGUUUUGCAUGUGAUGUGGGAAAUGGGAGUAUACUUCCUGGAGACAUACAGGAAGUGACAUAGGCCUUUAGAAUUUGGGGUAUAAAGGGGGAGACUUUAUAUUGUUCUCUUCCUCUUUUUGGCUCUUUUGCCUCUUCCUGCUUCUUGAUCCUGCCAUGCCAUGCUGAUGUUACUUCUUUGUUAAGAGAUAUGUAGUAUCCUGAACUGUAUUCUUUUGGAACUAAGAUGUUUUUACCUGUAUGACCAUCAGCAUACAAGAUUGAACUGUUUGCAUCCUGCAAGGUGUGGCCCAGAGGUCUUUAAAAGUGCUGCGGAGGAGAAAGCGAUAGGCAUCAUUCUGAGCUUCCUUCGAGCCUCCCACUUCUAAGACCACAUCUUCCAUUUCUUCUCCUUUAAAAAGAACCAGUCCUGGUUGCCGCUUCUCCAAAAAGGACCACCAACGUUUCUGUCUCAAGGAUGUUUUUCAUCUGGAUCGGGCUCCUGGGCCUGGCUCUGCUGACUGGACGCGGAGAGGGACAGAGCUGUGGGGUGACUGGAUAUGGUCCUAACUUGGCCAGAGGUCGCCCGACGUACCAGUCCUCUAUAUACCUAAUUCACGGGCCAGACCUCCUCUCAGGGAAAGCUGUGGAUGGGAUCUGCGAAGGGGACAUCAAUGCCUACCGCUCCUGCACCCACACCAGUGAGGAUGUGGAGCCCUGGUGGUACGUGGACCUGGGAAGGCAGUUCUCCAUCAAUGUGGUGAUCGUGAAAAACCGCGGGGACUGCUGCGACGCAAGACUCCAGGGAGCCGAGGUCCAUGUGGGAGACUCCUUGGUCGGACACGGCAGAUUCAACCCCCUCUGUGAGACCAUCCAAGAAACCAGCCUUGGGGGCAUCAGCACCAUCCGUUGCCAGGGGCUCCCGGGGCGCUAUGUCAGCAUCCACAUCCCUGUUCGGCGUGAAUUCCUGACCCUGUGCGAAGUGGAAGUCUAUGAGAUGAAAACAGAGUGCCACUGAUCACCUCUACCACACGUGGGGAGCUAAGACAGGGGAGUGGCUGGCCCUUUUUUGGAUGAACAACCUGAGAUUGAGCCAGGCAGGUCGAUUGAGCCAUAUUCCCUUACACCAAGCAGCUAGAGAACCCCCACACCCAAAAUCAAAUCAUGUCUUCUUGCAACUUCUUUUCUUUUUCUUUUGUAUUCCAACUCCUUCCAGAAUGAAAUAUAUCUUUUCGUGCCUCUUUUUCUUAAGUAUUGUGUCGAAGAAAACUGCCUCACAUAGAGUCUGUCAGAGUAAUUCGCAGCGUAGCAGCAGUUGUAUGUUGUCAAUGGAGCGCAGAAACGAAGAGACGUCAGAAACGAUGUUAAAAAGUAUUUACAAAAUUUUACUUGACAAGACAAACAGACUUGCAGACGAUAGACAUAGGACUUUCAAUCUAGACAAACAGCACAGAUCUUCUCAGCAGGCAGAACAAAUCUCAUCUGAUGCAAUCAGCUAUAUACAAACACACUUGUAGUCUGGACACUCCUAUCUGGCUCCAGCCACACAUCCAAGGUCAAUACAGCUUCUUACCAAAUUAACUCUUUACACACUAUAGCAUUUCCUGGAUGAUGCAAUACAUGCUAGACACAAAUUUCAUUUAAACACUAUCUAUACACAAAUCCCACAUUAACAAAGCACCCACAAAGCAGUUUUAGCUUACUGCAACUGCUGUGUGUAACUCCUCCCAAUCUGUGCAUUGCUUCUCUUUGACCAUUCUCUCUCUGCCUCUCUCUCACACACUUUUAUGCUUAUUUUAUGAAUUGUGCAACUGUGAGAAUUCAGAAUCUUGCAAGACUGAGAUUCAUCUUUGUGGAUUGAGUUUGCAGUUACAAAGUUAAUGCUUCUACCUUUUCACAAUAUACACAAGCACUUAAAAUAUUAAUAUGUCGGGGCUCAGCACGUUGCUGGGCAUUUCUUAGAGGACAGGGUGGAUUAUGGGUUUCCUACUGAUGAGUCUGUGUGUGAUCAGAGUGGAUUGCAGGCCUUAGAUCAGACAGAAGUGCAGACAGUUGAAGAUGAGACAGAGGAUGUUUUGGAUUCCAAUGUUUGUUCCUUAGCAACAGGGGAAAAGUCCAGUUCUCUUGGGAAUUGACCUUCAGCUGAUGGGGAAUUUUCCCGUGAUAUCGGAUUAGGUCUCUGCAAGGAGGGAGUGAAGGAUAGAUUAAUUAGGCAGUCAGAGAGACUCCGUGAAGUCCUUGAAAACCAGGUGUGUGGGGCAUGAUCUCAUGGCUUAUUGGUUGGGUUUGGGUUUAAAUUAAGUGAUGUUUUAUGGUGUCUCUCAGAGCAGACAACAUUGCCAAAAGAUUCACAUUCCUGUUUUAGCUCUCAAAUUCAAGAUUCAAGUUUCCUGUGUUGGCCUAUGUUCCUGAAAGAGUUUUGCCUUGGGAAAAGUUUCUGCUUUUCUGCUUAUAGAUUUAUGCCUAUGAUCUUGACUUCCUGGAUUUCAUGUGUUUUGCCAUUUUUGGACUACUUUUCUUUUGUAUAUAGACUACUGCUAUUUUAUAGCUCCUUUCCUACUCCUUUUUUUGGGGGGGAUGCCCUUUUCCCCCUUUGUACCUGCUUUUCUUAAUAAACUCAUGUGUUGUCAAAGGC